AUAACCGGAAAGUCUCUCAAAGUGCUGGACGGUCUGUUCUUCAUCAAAGCUCUUGUUCUUUGCGUCAUCGUGGAAUGGUUUAUUAUGUUCUGAAGUUAAUUUACAGUGUGUCUGAAGUUCACCACGGACGUGAGGAAUGUUAAAAGCGUUGCUGACACCCUCUAGAACAUGUAGCUUUCUUCAAAGUGGAAGGAAUUUGCGAGCCUAUGGAAGUUUCUGCUUUGGCACGAGGGACUGAGGGAGGGAAGUGAAACGACUGUAGAUCAAUAAAUAACAAGUCUGUGUGUCCAUUGUUCCAACAUGGAGAAAGACGCCACCAAGAAGGCAAUUUGAAUCAGUGAGAAACUGAAGAUUCUUACCUUGUUAUGUUAGUGUCCUCCUUUCAUGGCUGAUGCAGUCCACAGCAUCAGUGUUCUGAUGGGUUAUCGAUGCUUAUAGUAUAAAAUAAAUUUUUGAUAGGUGUAGCACCAUCACCGCAAACUUUAUCACAAUGUGGACAUCAGGAAUCUUUGGUCUACUGCUGGCACUCAGCGCAGGCGCUGCUCCACCAUCCAGCGCAAAAUCAGAUGGUGUAGUACAACAGAAUGCCACACUUAGUGCUGACGAUCCUCAAGAACAGACAGAUGAGAACGAGUCCGUUGGGUACAGUGUUGCUCUUCGGAAGUGCCUCUGCGACACAGACGAGGCCUGGAACGGAACAGCCUGUGAAAAGAGUGACUCAGAAAGUAUGAUUCCCGAUGUGCUAGGCAUGGGGAGUUUUGACGGUUUCCACAACGUCACCAUAGGUGAAGUUUGUCCAGGGAAAAGUGUAGACAUCGAUGUAGAGCAAUAUCUCCGUCACUCAAGUGAUUUAUACUUGAGCGAUGCUGGCGAAAUAGUUGUCAGUCUGUAUACAUAUGAAAACUAUUGCUUUGAGGACUAUAAACUGCCUGGUGAACCUGUCAAAGUCAUCGCUCGGAUCUGCAUGGAACCUCCAACAGUGCCGAGCUGUUGCCCACUGGGACACUCGCUUGAUCUUCAUGGCAACUGCAGUCCCACCAGUAGUAGCUACGACUUUUCACCGGCAGUAAUGGUGCAAAACCAGAGCCUGGCGUGGCCUUCAGAGACCGGUAUCUCAGAAACGAAUAUUUCCUGCACAGACAUGGAAAAAUUAUCGAUACUUAAACUCAACCAUGAAGAGGUGAUGAUGCACAUUAAUGCCAAUGCAGGUACGCAUUCUUCAUGGAUGCCCUCUCUCUACAUCGACGGUGUGGCAUUCAAAGGGAACUUCUGCAUAAGUGUCCAAGAGGGAAGUGAAAAGACUCCAGUAUAUCUAGCCAAAUUUUGCAUCAGGGAUCUAGAAAAGGACCAUCAGAGACAAUGCUUAGGCCAGACUUGCAUACGAAAGUGCUGCUUAGAAAACGAGUAUUUUGAUCAAUUCUGCCAGCUGUACUCUGAUAACGUUACGAAGUUACCCCAACCCCUGUUUUACGACCCCGAGCACUUGGAGCCUGCCAGCGAGCCAGAGAAUCUGGCUUUUGUGUUCGGUGGACCGUUCUGCGAUGAGACAUAUCUACUGCUGCCCGAUGAGAACGGAGAAAACGAAUUCAAGAUACUUCAGACUGGGUACCUGUACUCGGCAUCAUUACCAGAGCAUUACCCUCCGACGAAAUACUGUGUGGAGUCCCACCUGGGAGAUGAGAUCAACAUGGCUGUGGUUUGCAUGCAACAGGACCCUUGCCAUGAAUUGCAGAGAAGUCUCUACCCAUUCCUCGUCAUCAUUUCCGCAGGAUUCCUAGGGGUCACCUUGUUUGUGUACGUCUGCAUUCCAGAUAUGCACGCCAAAGUGCACGGGAAAUGCGUCUCAUCUCACGUGUCGGCUCUUCUGAUCGCUUUCAUCACCCUUUUCAUAGUGCACCAGUCCUCCCGAAAUGUGAACACCUUCUGCUGCAAGUUCAUGGCUUCAGUGAUGCAGUUAAGCUUCUUGGCUGCUUUCUUCUGGCUUAAUGUCAUGUGCUUCGACAUAUGGUGGACUCUCAGGAGCAUGCGUCUAGGCCCAGAACCCAGCGAGCAGUCCAGACUUCGAUUCAGGCUCUACUCCCUCUACUCCUGGGGAUGUCCUUUCGUCAUUGCCGUCAUCUCUGUUAUCAUCGACUCGCUCCCGGAAGACAUCGAAGUCAUCAGGCCCAGAUUUGGAGAAACCACUUGCUGGUUCGACAGCAACGUAGGAUCUGAAUCGAUAUGGGUCUACUUCUACGGAAUCAUCCUGGUGAUCAUUAUUGUCAACAUUCUCUUCUUCUGCCAUGUCAUGUACAUACUGCUGGCUCAGCAACGGGACUCGACUUUGGAAAAGACGCGAAAACAGAACAGGGAGAGAUUAUGCCUGUACGUGAAGCUGUUUAUAGUGAUGGGGAUCACAUGGCUGGCAGAGGUGGUAUCUUGGCAACAAGGAAGCUGUAAAUUCUGGAUUGCCACAGAUGUUAUCAACUGUCUGCAGGGAGUCUUCAUCUUUCUCAUGUACAUCUGCAAGAAGAAUGAUCUGCAGAGGGUUCGUGACAGGUGGGACGCGGUGGUUCGACAUCUCAAGGAAGAGGUUCGAUCCCGGAAUUUGUGGCCCACCAUAACCCAGGCUUGCUCUGAGAAUGAACCCGGGCCUGGUGGGAACACCUCGAGGAGCAGCAGCUCCUCCGCCGAAAACAAGACAAAAAGUACGGUGGUCUCUCUGGGUUCUUCCCAGGCCAAGUUCCCUUCGGAGGUUUCAGCAGAGAAGAGCACUUCUUCGGUUUCCCCGGAACCUACGAAAGAAGAAGAGCAACUUCGAGACGUCACUCCUUCAGGUAACGGCACAGAGGCCUCCAGAUCUGAAGGAGAACCACCACAAAAACAAGAUACCUCCGCACCACCACCAGAUGAUGAUGGUUCCGAGGGAAAGGUAUCAGAAGUUCAGGAAGUUGAAGAAUGUAACGAUACAAGCGACAAUGCAAUUCCUCACGAGGAAUCCCAUAGUGGGGAAACUGUGAAUCCUCCCGAGGUCUCAAUUGAUGUGAAUACUCCCGAGGUCUCAAUUGAUAUGGAGACUCACGAAGACGAGGAAGAUGAAGGCACUUGUGCGGGAUUAGACGUGAAAUAUUAUUUGAAUGACGGCUACGAUACAGAUGCCAAAUCAAGCAGAGACGGUGCUUCGUCAGAGAAUGUCGGUGACACUGAACUGAAGGAAAUUCAUCGAAACGUAUGAAGUUAACUUUGGUGAUUAUAUUUAUCGUUACAAGACGGGUAAUAGUUAUGGAGCUUUUGAAUUUUAUUCUCUUAAUGAAUCCUAAUGAUGAUUGUAUAUAUUUUCAGGGUAAACUGUGAACUCAUCAUGACUUGUACUUCAUUUUCUGGCUAGGCAUUAUUGCAUAUUAUCCUCUGUGCUUGGUUGUACUAUUAUCCCGAUAUGUAUACUAGUAUAUUUUGAGUGUAAUCAAACUGUCUGAAGGUACUGUUAUUUGAAAGUAAAAAGUAAAUAGUACUCUCUUAUUGCCAAUCAUUAUAUUAGAAAUAGAAGAAUCCAGUGCCGACUUCAAAGUCUACAGUGCUUUUAAAGUGCGUUCAAAGGCAACUGUAAAAUCUUGGCAGGGUCUGUGAAUGAUCUCAAUGUAGUCAGAGAAUUUUUUUUUUCUUUUUGGUUACCUAUCCUCCAAAAGUGGCAUAAACAUCUCUAGAUGUUUACUGAGUGGUAAGGUAAAUAUUUUUCAUGAGUGAUAAUCAAAAGGAAGUUUGAUUCGUAACCGAACUGAAGUGUUGCACUAUUAAACAGACGUCGUUUCCGUGUCUGCGUCAAGACUUAGCUCUUCUGUCAGAGAAAAAGUAGCGCAGCGGUGACUGCCCGAUAGUGCAAAUUUCAAAUGGUUGGCCGACAGAACUUGGAAGGAGGAGAGACAAAGGAGAAUGUGGAACAGGGACACAAAUUCCUAUUCAUUGUAAAGCAGUGUUAUUAUGGAAUAUGGCUAAAAUAAUGAAAGAAUCUUAGGACGGAGAAUACAAACAGCGAGGCAUAACCGGUUCGUUUCUGCGAGAAAUUGAAACGUGGUAAUAUUUUGCUGUGCAAUGUACUUUUGCGUCGUAUAUGUUAAUGUGUUAAUGUUCAGCUCUUUGCCUUUCUGUGUGGACUGUAUAUGUGCAGGAAUAUGGUGCUGUAAAAAUGUUCAAAAUAAUACUUCAAAAUAAUAUUAUACUGGACAUAUAAUCUUCUUCUAUGUGAAGUCAUGAUACAGGGUUCUGUGCAAUAUUAAACACGCAAAUGUAUGCGUGUGCCUCUCUGUUAAUUGUGUAUACGCACACUCGUAACGCUUUCGUGUAAAAGUGCCACAAUGACAUGAUUAAAAAAAGACAUAAUUUAUGUAUUGUACCUGUUAGCAUUAUUCGUUUAUUUACACGGAUUUCAAUAAAGAUGAGAAUAAA